CCUCCGCUAAUCUCUCGAUCUAUGUAUGCAUGCGUGGUGCGGAAGGAGUCAGGAGCGAGAGGAGAGGACUCGGGCAAAGCAGCAACCGCCGCCCCCUGCGAACCGCUCGUUCGCCGGCCCUUGAUUUAUAAAAGGAGCCGAGGCCUGUUCCUCACUUGAGAAGAAGACAAGUGAGAACAAUCAUAUAUAUAUUGUUGCUUAAAGAGAAGAGAAGAGAAGAGAAGAUCGACAAGAGAUUGGCGGUAAUGGACUCCUCGGAGCUGCACAUACUGGCCUUGCAGAGGGUGAAGCAGGUGGAGCCGGAGAACGCGAGCAAGAUCCUCGGCUGCAUCCUCCUGGAGGAACCCGACAACCAGGAUAUGCUGCAGCUCGCCUACGGCAACGACGCCGAGGUGCACGCCAAGAUCAGCCACGCCAAGGCCAUGCUGGACGCCAUCGUCGCGUGCUGCUCCUCCUCGCCGGCCUUCGGCUACCACUACUGGCCGCCGGUGCCCAAUAAGGCGCAGGCAGAGGAGUACGCGUUGCAGCCGCAGCACUACAGUGGCGGAGGGUGCUACUACGCCUCUGAGAACGCGCUCAUCUACAAUGGCGGGGGGCCGCCGAGGUCCAGGCUGUCGUCGACGCGGCGCCCCUGCCACUACUUCAUCAAGGGAAUCUGCAAGAACGGGCAGAGCUGCCACUACUCGCACCACCGGCAGGAGGCCCAGGUCUGCUCCGGCGCGCUGGAGAAGCUGGAGCUGGAGAUCAUUGAGCUGCUCAAGUCGCGGCACGGGCAGCCGCUGUCCAUCGCGUCGCUGCCCACGCUAUACGGCGACAGGCCGCACGGGCAGCACUAUGUGGUUCUGGCGGAGGACGCCGGCAGGUACAAGGAGUUGAUGAGCAGGGGCGAGAGAGGAGGAGACAUGGGCAGCAGCUCGCACCAGGUAUACCUCACCUUCCCUUCAGAGAGCACCUUCAUGGAGGAAGACGUGGCCAAUUACUUCGGUUUGUAUGGUUCGGUGCGCGACGUGAGGAUCCCAUGGCAGGAGAAACGGAUGUUUGGCUUCGUGAGCUUCCACAAUCCGGAGACGGUGAACACCAUACUCACGAUGCGCAUCCCACAUUUCAUCGGCGAAUCAAGGGUCCUGGUCAAACGCUACAUAGAGAAAUCCAAGUGCAUCGAACGCUAUCGUCCGAGGGCGCUUCGUCGCUUCGUCGGCAUGGACAUGGACAUGGACAUGAACGACGAUGAUGAUGACUACGACGACCAGCCUCCAGCCCGGAUGGUGAUGAGGAAUCAGCAACGACUACUGGCGACGGAGAAGCGGCUGAUCGAGCUCGAGAGGAAGCGCUUCUUCGCGAUGCCGCCGCAGCAGUACCAGCACGUCUACUUCGACUGCAGCAUCGGGGACGACGACGGCCAGGGCCAGCCACCACCACGACAUCUUCCCCUCAUCAUAACCCAACCAGCUCGGGCAAGCAGCAGCAGCAGUUACGACGACGACGACGACGACAUCCAACUCCCAGAAAGCCCAUUCACGUCGUCAGCCGUGCCGAUGCUGAUGUAAUGGGCCGGGAAAGGGAAACCAAGGUCCACUUAAUUAGCUUCCUUUGUUACACAGGACAGGACAGGACACAAAAACACCCUCUUUUUUGUUGUAGAUAUAAACAAAUUAAGGGAGUCACAGUACACAGAGAGAGUUGGUGUUCUUAGAAUGCAGGCACACUGGUGAGUUUUAAACAAGGGUGCCAGAAAGAAUUACUUAUUAGCUGUGCCAUAAUAAUAAUAAGAUCGUCGUCUCUGUUUGUGCCUUCA